AUGUUAAUGCUAGAGUCAUGCGCGCUAGACUGGCCAUCCGUUACCCCACUAGACGCUUCUCUGUGGGCUCCUAAAGCCACUGAUGCUUGGGACACGAUCAAGCCAGCAGAGGGGUCUGCAAACCCUCACCGCAAUCCAGCAGUCGCUCUCCAUGAUAUACCAUCCAUGAUGUCUCGGAGCAAGACACCUACAAGCACGCCUUCGAUAUCUCACUCGCCUGUGCACAUGCCUCCAUUUCUCCAGCCGCUGGUAAGCAAGCACAGUGCCAACUGCGGGAAACCGGCCCCUAUUCCCGCCUCUUCUAAAUCACUAACCAAGGCGUCGCUGAAGGAGUACAGCGAAAAGUCGAGUGUGGGAGAUCUUAGGCUGCCUUCAGUCCCUUCAACCGCCUCCACCACAACAGCUGAUACCACAUCAAAGGCAACGGAUGCCUCUAGCAAGGAACCUCCGCGAGAAGAAACGCAUGCAGCUCCCGCUACUCAAGCUUCUAAGAAACAAUCAAAGCCUGCAAAAGUAACUGCGGAGGCCCCUAUAGAAAAGCUGACGUCGCUUGCAUCUGCCUCGUCUUCGGCUCCUAGCGAGUCUACAACUACUAACCUGAACCAGCCAAAAGUUUCCGCAGCGGCCCCAACGACACAGCUUUCGUCUCUUCCUCCAGUGAAAGAAACAGAAAAUAUUGAAGGGCAAACUGCGGGAAGAAGCUCCGAAAAUGCGGCGUAUGACCCUUCCGUAGCUCGCCUUAUUGCAGCUCUGGGGGCCUCCAGCCUCCGAUUGGCGGCUGCUGCAGAAGAAGGCCUUGACAGCAGCCCUUCGGACUUUGGCAGAAGCACGCUUGAGCUGCCUGCGGGGUCGACGAGGCGUAGGCUGAGGAGCGAAACAACAGAAGUCGAGUCAACAGAGUCUUCCGUGACACCGCCAGCAACCAGUUCCAGGGGAAUUUUUCUAACACGGAACUCUCCCCUCAGAAGACCAAUCUUGCCUGCCCCUAAAGCUGGCUCUACUUCGGUGGGCAGAAAUGGUUUGCAAGGCCUUCCAAACAUUCGCCGAGGCAGCCAGGUUUCUGGAUCGUCAACACCUCAGCUGAGUCCUCUCAGCGAAGACUUGGGAAAGGCCUCAAGCCCACCCGGAAAACUGAAGCCAAAAGAAGUUAAAUUAAGCACAAGACACAACUGUGUGGGUCCAGUUUUGCUGGGACUCUCCCCUGGGAUGUCAAGUACUGACCAGACCACUGACGUCCUGCCCUCGACCACCCGCAUAGCGUCUUGCAGCAACGCGUACAGCCCAACACCAGCACGCAGCGCCCGCGGGAGUGACUUUGGCAGCGAUGGUCCCAAACAAACAGGGUGCGCAAUUUCUUCGAAGGAAACCACAUCUCCAAUUAGUGCUCCGACCCAUUGGGGAAAAUGUAAUCGCUCUCCCGAAUGGCGUCUGCCUGCGCAAGAUCUACUGGGGGUUGAAGGCUCAAACCCCAAAGGCACUUCAGCUGCUUCACAUGGGGAGGAGGAGGAGCAGUUUUCUCUGCUGCUGCAGCACUCUUUGGGGCUGUUGCGGCGCGAAGCGGCCCGAUGUUUUGCAAGCUCUCAGGCGUCUGUCAAACAAAAGCUAUGGAAGGAGCUACAGGAAGAAAAGUGCUUGCGGCUGCAGCUUCAGCAGGAGCACCAAGCGAACUUUGCUGCUGCUGAGGCCGAGCUAAUAUCUCUGAGAAAGCGCCGCGCGGAUGACAACAAACGGUUGGAAAAGUUGUUGGAAGUUUGCUGCUGCGCGAAACAGACAGAAGAAGCCUUUCGGCUCUUGCGAACCGCCUGGAAAUGCUGGCAGCUACAGAGAGUGCACACUAGAAGACUGAAAACGCUUCAGAGACUUUUUUUCCAGCGUAGAGUACUCAAGAUUCUGCUGAGAAUUUUUUUGCCUUGGAGAGCAGCAGCUGCAAGGCGCAUUUUCGAACAGCAGAGGCUGAAGGCUCAGGAGCUCUUACAACAAGAGAUGGAGCGAUUAGGACAUUUGCAUCAGGAAACCAUACAACAGCAGCACCAGGAGCUUCAGCAGCUGAGACAGAAACUCGCAAAUGAGGUUUACCUCCGCGAGUGCCUGCAGCAAAGUCUUAUUGGAAUAGCUUCUAGUGGAAGCAUCGGGAUGCCUUCCCAAAUGGCUCCUAGACCAAGCCCUUGUGCCUUGGCGUCCAGUUCCUCGCCAUCCUCUUCAGCUGUAUUGAACGCUAAGCGACAAACGCAGCAGAAAACUCAGGAUCAUCUUAAGCGGCAGCCGAAUGCUCUUGCAGUUAUAGGAACCCAGACGAACUUAAAGGGCCGACGGACUGCAGCAACCCAAAAGCCCUUACGACAACAGCAGGAACAGCAAGCACAGUUGUGUGACGUGCCAGCUCAGCUUUCCUGGUGGCAAUGGAUGCUGCAGAAUGCGGGGCUGGGCACCCAAUUCCCUCAAGUAAUCCCUACGUCUGCAUUCAACAAGGCUGCUUAUGGGGCUGCAAGUGGAUCCAUAGAAAGUACCGGGCGCCGCGUUAAAUUUGUGGACGAGGAGGUGCAGCACCAGCAACAAGAACAGCAGAAGCUGCUGCUUCUUGCCAACUUACUUGGGGUUUCUCCCCCUUCUAGACAUCUGGAAGAAAACAGCCAGUUGACAGGAAUUCUCCCGGGUGCCCCCCUUCGUACCCAACAAAAGCUUAACUCCCCAGGAAUGGUUACAUGUGCUUCCGAACCGACCCUUGGUUCCUGGAGAUUGCUACGUGACAGGCAAACAGCAGGCACAGGAAUUGCUGUAGCAGCAGCAAGCGAUUCAUCGGGACACCAGGGCUGCGCAGCACAUACUAUGCUUAGCGCAGAGUGCAACACAUGCCAAAGUGCUUUAUGGGGACCCAAAAUAAGCACCACAUUUGAACUGGAAUGCCAACCGCACAAGCACAGGCGGUGGACAUCAGCGACCCAUUCUACCCCAAAGAUGUAA